GCCAGCUCCUCGUUUUAGCCAUGUGAGAGUGUUAUGAAAGUUCGUGCUAUUUGAAUUAAGCCUGCCAGUUAUAUCACCAUAACUAGAGCCUACUGCAAGUACACACCUACCUACGUCGUAGACUUCGUCGAGGUUGUGAAGAACAGUUGUUGACCAUGUUAGGUGCUGUAGUGAUGGGCGUUGGGACAGCAGGCUUUGUGAGGAUCAGGGACAUGCUGGCACCUUUGCCCUCCAGUCCUGCUGAGAAGCUGAGCGUGAAGGGCUUCAUAUCCAGGAGGCCUCUGGAGGAACAGCAGGGGGUGAGCCAGAUCUCCCUCGAGGAGGCGCUGAGCAGAAAGGACAUCCAGGUGGCCUUCGUCUGCACUGAGAACGCCUGCCAUGAGGACAACAUCAGGGCCUUCCUGCAGGCAGGGAAGCAUGUGUGUGUGGAGUACCCCAUGACCAUGACCCACAAAGCAGCCGUGGAACUCCAGGAUCUGGCCCAGCAGAAAGGAGUGGUUCUCCACGAGGAGCACAUAGAGCUACUGACGGCAGAUUUCAAACAGCUGAAGAAAGACAUCGCAGGGAAGAAGCUGGAGGAGGGCUCCCUUCACUUCACAGGAGGUACUUUGAAGCCUGGCUUCGGCUUGCUGGCAUUCAGCGGCAUCGCCCGCCUCACCUGGUUGGUCGACCUGUUUGGGGAGCUGUCUGUCACCAAGGCGACUGUUGAAGAACAGACGGACAAGAAUUACACAAAGAUGACAGCACAUCUUCUAACUUCAGACAACAGGCCUCUGACGUGGGUGGAGGAACGUGGCCCCGGACUCCCCCGAGUCAAGAACGUCAACUUCCGCUUCGACACGUGCGAGGUGACGAAGCUGCCUGCCGCUGCCAGGGAGCCUGUGGGGAUCUUCAUGCAGGACAUGGUGAUGUUCGCUGGGAAGCUGCUGGGGCAGGUCCCCCCUGAGCAGCUGGAGGCCGAGACACGCAGGGUGCUUCACUGUCUGGAGCUGGCCGACCGCAUCCACGAGCUCAGUCGGGGCUAGGGAGGACGGGGCCAGGGGACAGAGCUAGCUAAGACAGGACUAGGGCUAAGGCUGGAAGGGGUUAGGGAGAGAUCCAGGCAAGACAGGAGGGGAAGGAAAAGACGAUGCCAAGGCUGGGGACGGGGUUGGGUCAGGGCUAGGGAUAUCCAGCUUCAUCCUCUCUGUCAAUGUUGAGCCAGAAGAACCCUCACUAGGUUUUCUUAGCCAUGUAGCUUCUCUAGCUGUGUGUUUGACAGAUCCCUGCAUAGAAAGGUUGAGGCCGGUAAAUAAAAGGAAUCCUCUGUGCAAGUACAUGGCCAAAUGAUAACCCUUACUCCUCUUACACCACUCCUGCUUCUCAUGUGCUACCUUGUAGAGAGAAAAGGGAAUUUUAUUUAUGGUUGAUUCCUUACCUGCUAACAAGCUAACAUUAAGAUAAAGCUGCACACAGUUUUAGUGUUAUACAACAUCCAGUGUAUCUAAACUUGGUUUGAAAGGCAUAUCCUGUUACUUCACUUAUUAUUAUUUUGGUUGUUCCUUUCUGGCAUUGCUGGCAGUGAAAAUCUGACAUUCCCAGUUAUGUUUACCUCGCACACUUUCUCUCCUUUUCUUUCGUGAUAAAUUCAACUGGUAUUUCUGGAAGUUUCUAGUCCUGGUAGUUCUGGAAGUUAUUCAUUAUCAUGACAAAACAAAAGGGAAAAAACUUUGAAAAGAAAACAUUUUUUUUGACAUUCUUGAAACCAUCAACUUGGUUGGUGUGGUUGAAGCACAUCCUAAAUACUAUUCUGUUUACGCCGUCACCAACCAGUUGGCCUCUGAGAGUCUUCUCAGUACUAAAGCCAGGAUUGUCACACGAUAGUUGUAGAAAGGUCCCUGGCAAACACAGAUCAUGGACUUUUAACCCAAUGUUUUCUUUUGUUACUGUUUGUAAUGAACAUCGAGGUGUGCUGUUUUGCAUUGCUUUGCUUAAAGUGUUUAAAUCAAAUGUUCUGUUUACAUUGAUGAGGAUGUGAAGAAGCCUGUUUAUAGGUGAUAAGUUUAUAGCCUGUUUACUCUACUGUUCUGGACCUUGUGAAUUAGGUUGGAAUCACUUCCUUCAAAUAAAAUGUGCCUGAGUCCUG